AUGGCGGGCGAGGAGAGCCCGUACAUGAGCCACGGCGGCCUGCGCUUCGUCCGGCCGUACCACUUCGAGUUCUUCGCCAACGUCAAAAAGAGAUGGGCUGGCAAGAAACUCAUUGACCUGUUUGCAGACGAGUUCUCCGUGCGCCCGCGCGCGUACUACGAGGAGGCCGUGCGCGUCGGGCGCCUCCGCGCCGACGGCCACGCGGAGGGAUCCGACCCUGUUUUGAAAGAAGGGCAGCGCGUAUUCCACGCCCUGCACCGGCACGAACCGCCCGUGCUGGACCAGGACGUCGAGGUCAUCGAGGAGCGCGACGGCGUCGUGGCGGUGUGCAAGCCGCCGUGCCUCCCUGUGCACCCCUGCGGCCAGUACAACAAAAACACCGUCAUCGGCAUGCUCACGGCGCUGCGCCCGGACCUGGGCACGCUCCUGCCCGUGCACCGCCUCGACCGGCCCGUCUCGGGCCUGCUCCUGCUCGCCAAGAACAAGCAGGCCGCGAGCAGGCUCCGCGAGCAGAUCGAGGAGCGGUCGGUGCGCAAGGUCUACGUGGCGCGUGUGCUGGGCAGGUUCCCCGGCGGCGGCGCGGAGCUCGUCGCGGACGCCGCGCUCUCCUGGGACGCGCGCGAGGGCAUCGCGAUGUGCCACGCGCCCGGCGCCGUCGGCACCGCCCCCGGCUCGCCCACGGCGGACGACGCCCUCGAUCGCCGCACCGUCGUGCGUGAGGCGACGACGGUGUGCCGGCUGCUGCGCUACGACGGCCCCGACGACGCCGCGGAAGGGGACAUGCGCGGCACGAGCCUCGUGGAGUGCCGCCCCCUCACGGGCCGCACACACCAGAUUCGAGUGCAUCUGAAGAGUUUGGGUCACCCCAUUGCGAACGACAGCCUGUACGGGGGCACGAUGGGCCGGAAAGACCUCGAGGACCUGCGCGCGGCGCGGCUCGCGGCGCGGGACGACGCCGGCGCGGAGCCGAGCGCGAAGCGCGCGCGGGUGGACGGCGCGGGGGGUGUGGCAGCCGGGGAGGGGGGUGUAUUGCCGCGGAAGGGCGACGACGUGCGCGGGGAGCUGCCGGCGGCGCUGACGCUGCCGCUGGAGGGCCGCGGCGGCGAGGGGGCGUGCGAGCCGGUGGAGUGGUGCCCGCACUGCCCCGGGGUACCGGCGAUGGACUACCCCCUGGAGCUGGAGCCGCUGUGGCUGCACGCGCGGGCGUACAGCGGGGAGGGCUGGGCGUUCGAGGCGCCGCUGCCGGUGUGGGCGGAGGAGGGGUGGUCGGACGCGCCGUGA